AUGGAAGGGGAAACUCUUACCCGCGCUUUCAUCAUGGAAGUCAAUGGCCAAUUCGUCGUCAACCCACCCAAGUCCGUCGAAGACGACAAUGACAGGAUUCCCUCCAGACUCGGACCCCGCACGGAUGCCGCUGUCCUCAAACUGACCGAUGGAUACUUGUCUAGUGGAGAGUAUUACAUGGGCCGGUGGGUAAUUGAGCCGCGCGCUCUUAUGCCCAUGCAGGUGUUUUGGGCGAAAGACCAACAGUCGGUACAGCCGUGCCAGCGCGAUGGGCCGGAAGAAGAUCCUCAACUCAAGACGAACGGUUGUCCCUUCGGUACGAGUGACCGUGAGUAUGAUCUUGUUGCUCUGCUGCUUGAAGGUAUGGGUCGUAGUGAAAUCAAGUUGCACUUCCAGUAG